GUGGGAUACGCCUCAGUCUCUCUUCCUGCCGCCUCUGGACGUGUACUAGUGUUUUACGCUCUAUCAUGUGCACUCGGCGUUCCGUGUUCAGUGUAAAACGGUACUAAUAGUCAUAUCAGUUGAAACAGAUAUAUAAAAGAAGAAUUGUCACUUCAGGUCAUGUCUUGAAAAAAGAAAUACAAAUAGAAAGAAACAUGAUAAACCAUACUUGAGUGAACGAAAUUGGUAUGUCUUUUGAACAGAACAUUGUGUUAGUGUAAACCCGUUCCUCCUGUAGGGUGGACGUACGCUGGAGUUCCUACGUCUCUUACGCGUCCUGGAACGUUACCAUGAUGAAGGCGAGAUCCAGGUACCGGUGGACAGGUGAACUGGCUCACUGACGUUCAGUUGCCGGUUGACGCUGACCGACACAGGGUGCGUGAAGGUGCUCUCGGACGGUUGCUAGUGAGAGAAACUAGUGGUGCACCCAAAGACAUUAACAGUAGGCGAUAGUAGCGAGAUGUGGCAGUGAAGAAGUCACCAAUACUCGAGACAUAUGCUUAUUUAUUACGGAUAGAAACACUCUUUGACUGGAAACAUGUGUUCGGCGGACUUCGGCAUGCUGGACCUCCUGUUUGACAAGGAGGAUCCUUCGUGCAAGGGUUUUGACGGGUUUAGAAACACCCUGUUCAGCAGUUCUGAGAGAUUCAACUCCGAGGACGUGAAGGAGGAGGUCCUCGACUCCGGUACUAUUGACUGGAAGAUGUCUACUGACUGGGACGCGGAUGAGCUCCUGCGGUCGGUUCUGGAUGGAAGUGAUAUGCCAUCAGGUCUGGACAACCCCACCCUGGGGUCUCUGGGCUCCCUGGAGUCCUCGGUCUCCAACCUGAGCACCACCCCACUUACCACUCCCACUCUUGAGGCUCCAGACGACAUGGACUCCUUGGAGAACUUGGUGGGACUUCCGUUCCACGCUGUGCUAGACUCCGGGGCGUCAGACUCCGGCAUGUCCAGCGACUCCUCCCUUGAUCAACAGUUGUCGCCAUUGUCUGGGUACUCUGUGUCGUCUCCGGGCUCCCUGGGCGAGAUGGGGUUAGGUAUGGGGCUGGCGUCUCCAGACCCUGGGCUCGACGCCACCUCCGACGUGUCCUCCUCUAGUGACCUGGGGUCGCUGGGGUCCCUUGGCUGUACUUCCCCACAAAACAGCACCGUCCUGGCGUCUCCCUACAGUCCCGAAGCCAUGCUAGGCAUCGAUGACUUCAUUCACACGGAUUCAGGGUUCUCGUCUCCGGUGCCACAAGCGGUGCCUGACCCCGUGUGUCCUCCGGCGGCCAGUGUGGCGGUCACUGUUGUCAGCACCACCCCCACCUUCAUCACCAGACCCAUCCUCGCUAAGGUCACCUCAGUCUCGGUGCCUUCUACAGUGUCCGUCGUCGCUGCUUCCUCGUCUAUGUCGACGCCGGUGACACAUGUGACCAGUGUGAGUCCCCCGGUGCUCAAGACGGUGACGGUGAGCGCGCCCGCCAGCACGGUGAGCACGGUGGGCGGCCAGACCAUCGUAGUUACCCAAGCUAGCAAGGGCACUACCAACGCCCACUUGGUGCGCAGCGGCACGCUUCUCAAGUCCGGUCAGGCGUCCCGCUCCAUCCUGCUGCCCGUUACUGUGAAGGACCUCAACCAGGUGCGGACCAUCAAGAUCAUUAGCACUGGUGGAACUGGAGGUGUGGGCGGGCGUGGCGUGCGAACCGUUGUCUCCACCGUGCGGACCCCUAGCACAACCACCACCCUCAACAGCCAGUCCAUCCGCAGUGCCAUUCUGGGUGCCGUGAGAAGCCACGACACCAAGUCACUGCUGAAGGGUGGCACCACCACCGUCCUCAGCACUGCACGACCCACCACCACCAUUUCCUCCACUCACACCUCGCCCACGCGUAUCAAGGUAGAACCCAACGACGACGACGACGACGAUGAUGACGACCAACCACACACGGCAUUUCAACAGCUGACGCUUUCUGAUGAGGAGAAGAGGUUGUUGAAGAAAGAAGGAAUCCUGCUACCAUCUCACUACCCUUUGACAAAACAAGAAGAAAGAGAACUGAAACGUAUUAGGCGAAAGAUCCGCAACAAGAUCUCUGCACAAGACUCCCGUAAACGCAAAAAAGAAUACAUUGACGGAUUAGAAGAUAGGGUAAAAGCUUGCACAGAAGAGAACCAGCAACUUCAGAAAAGAAUCCGUACCUUGGAAGCACAAAAUGAGUCGCUUCUGGUACAAAUGCGGCGGUUCCAGAAUGUUGUUACUGGUGGAAGCAAUGGACGCUCCCAAGCACACGCAUCUACUGCUCUAAUGAUGUUGAUACUGUCAGCAGCACUGUUCAUUGUGCCAUCACUACGACAGGAUGGAGCCACUGCAGACAGCGAGCUAUCAUUGCCCGCAUCGAAAAUGCCUUCAGCAGGUCAUUCACGUAGUCUCUUGGAGGCUGGGAAUGGUGCUAUUGUACCCAGUACCCUGGAGGUUUUGGAGGGUGUUGAUGAUGAACUGACCUCUGACUUGGACAAACCUCUGGUGCAAGCCUUAACAGACCAUGACUACACGCCUUCUGCUAAGCGGCAACGCAUGCUGUCAAAGAGCCCUGCCUAUUACAUGCCACCAUUGGAUGAUUUUCCACCACAACAUGGAAAACCAGAUUCUGGGGGAGGGUUUCCGCCGGAUGGUGGGUCCGGUACAAAAUUAUCAGCAAGAAUAAUGGAUACUAUGGUAGACCAUGUAUCCAAUAAUUACUCAGAUCCUGGAGGGAAACGGGACAGCAACUCCCAAGCUGUUGUCGUGAACCUUGGGCAGGGUAGAAAAAGACUGAGAGAUGAUCUUGAGUUAGAGUGAUAACUUUAAAAGUUGGGGUAUAUUCUUAUUUAAUUUGAGGUACAUGUAACCUCAGGUGGAUGAAGCAUAUUUGGCCAAAUUCAAUCCAUAUAUGCUAUCAUGUGUGCUGGGUGGGGGGACCUGCCACAGCCGUAGAUGCUGCCACUACUACCCUAGAAUCCCGUCCUCACCUUGGACAGGACAAGGUUAUCUUAUCUGUACUGGAGACCUUACCAGCAGUGCAAUACAUUUCUUUGCUAAAAUGAUGCAAGUUUGAUAAAUUUAGGCUGGAGGGAAAGGGCAGGCUUCUGCAGACUCGUGGUAUAGUGUAUAAGGUGCACUGUGUGAGUGUGAUUCAUCCCUGUAGUGUAACUAGGGGAACAGCAGGAACCGACCACUGCAGGGCCUCGAGCUGAUGCCCUGCCAAGCUAGAAUGGGAUCAUGGGGGUUUGAUCAUUAUGCCUGAUGGGUUUGCUUUUGCUGUUAAGUUAUUGAAUUUAUAACUUUAGUAAUUUUAUGAGGAUUUUUUUUAUUUAUUUAAGAAGGCACUUAAGAAGUUCAAAUACUUGGACAUUCAAUUUAUUGGACAUUUAUGUUUAUCUUUUUGCUUUCUGUUGGUAACUGUUAAACCAUUUACCAUGUAUUACAGUUUCCUUAAUCUUGAAAGUUUUUUCAAAGAUAAUAUUGCUGGAGCAUCAUUUUUUUUAUAAUAAUGCAUGGCAAAUAUAAUUAUACCUAAAAUAACUUAAAGAAAAUUCUUAAACCUGAUAUAUUUAUUGAUACAUUUAUUAUAAAUUUAAUAUAUUGUUAUCCUUCUUAAUAUGUUUAUAUUUGAAGGUUUUUUCAUAUGAUUAUCAUGUUUUCAAUCAGUAUUCAAGUGCAGAAUGACACUGAAUACAAUGUCUCAUCAUUUUGUUAUGGACCAAUGCAAGUUAUUUCAUCAGUCAUUUCAUUUCAUGCAAGUUUGUCAUUAAAAAAUAAAAUAAAAAAAAUCAUCACUUGACAAGUGCUAUGUGAUCAUGUUUUGUAGAUAAAAAUUAUAAAGUAAUAAAAUAUAUUUUAAGGC